AUGCCCGCUAAUCCUUCUCCAGCAUCUCCUGUCCGUCAAGGCUCUCUUUCGAAUUUCGCUGAGGCCAAGACCGCAACAUCGUCCUUGCGUACGUCAACUGACAUCAACAAUGAAAACGUUCCGCAGUCCAAGAUGUCAUGGAGCUCGAUGUCAUCCUCCCUUGGCUUUUCGGCACGGCAAAAGGGCCGACCCCUGUCCCCGACUAAACAAAGACAGAACCAGAUUCUGGAGUUUGUGGCUAACGGCUCGAACGGGACACAAGAACCAAGCUUGUUCGCUGGCAGUGAUCCGGAUGUGGAUGACGUUCCAGACACCCAUCAAGCACAGAAUCAUUGGCCUGCCCUUGCAGCGGCUGGUUCUCGAGUGAUCCCUUCCCCAUCCCGGACGGCCACCUUCGGCUCAAGUCAGCUCGAUCCACAAAUCCAGGCGUUCAACUCGAGCAGGCUUCACCACAAUGGGGCCUUCUCUGCGGUCCAGGAGCAUGAGAAUGGCCACGACCGCACUGCCAGCAGCAUCCUCCAACUAAACGGGACUUCAGAUAUGUCGCCAUACCUCGAUGGACAUGGCUCUUACAAAGCGACCAACGGAGUGUCUCCUGAGACCUUAUACCAGCACAGACCCAGGUUGGCAAUACAUGGAAAGUUCAAUGGCCGCCUCGUGAAUUUCGAGCAUGUGGAUCAGUUUCGUCCAGCUGAGAAUCAAGAUUACGAUGAUAUACUCAAAUCCUACGAAGCCAUGACCUUGGCUCAGGCGACUGUUGGAGCCUUCCCUCCUCGGAUGCCGGUCAACCAGUCGCAGUUUGUGCGAGACAUUUCUCAUGGCCCCACUCAUCUUGACCACCUGGACAGCACAUUUCAUCAAGCAGAUCCUCAUGUACAGGAAGUCGGAUCACGCUUGAACCCUCAAGCCCCGCCUCAUCAGUAUGGUGGCUUCCAAUAUGCAGGCCGUGGUUCACUACCUCCACUCCCAAACGACUACAGAAGCAACCUGAACAGUCCGUACUAUUCAGCUACAGGUACGCCCCCCACGGGACCGCAGUCGGUUGGGAGCACACCUGGAAGCGGUGUAUCCAGCCGCACAUCGCACCAUGAGCAGUUCGUCCUUGAUCGCAAGUUUGCUGGGCCUGACCAGUACGGGUUGGAACUGUCGCUGUUUAGUCCGACUUCUAUGCAGCCACCGAUGAUGAGUGCCUAUCAGUAUGAUGUCCGGACAUCUGGUCAAGCAUUGCGGAUGAAUCCACUCGCGCAUCCCUACGUCGGCCACGGCCACGGCACGCUGCACAACUACCCGACUGGCCCUCGCAUGCCUGUUCGUGAGCUGGAGCAGAGUCACAUUGUCAGAAGCCCUCUGCUGGAAGACUUUCGCCUAAACAGCAAAAACAAUCGAAAAUUUGAGCUCAAAGAUAUCUACGGCUAUGUUGUCGAGUUCAGUGGUGACCAACACGGGUCACGAUUCAUCCAGCAAAAACUCGAGACUGCCAACAGUGAUGAAAAAGAGCAGAUUUUCAAGGAAAUCCAGCCCAAUCUGCUUCAACUCAUGACUGACGUGUUCGGAAACUACGUGAUCCAGAAAAUGUUUGAACAUGGCAACCAAACACAAAAGAAGAUCUUGGCCCACCAUAUGAAAGGUCACGUCCUUCAUUUGUCGAUGCAGAUGUACGGGUGUCGUGUGGUACAGAAGGCCUUUGAACACGUCCUGACCGAUCAGCAAGCGAGCCUUGUCAGAGAACUUGAUGGUCCGAACAUGCAAAUCUUGAAGGUCGUCAGAGAUCAGAAUGGCAACCAUGUCGUGCAAAAGGCCAUCGAGCGUAUACCUGGGGAGCACAUACAAUUUAUCGUUGACGCCCAUCGAGGGCAGAUGGCAAAGAUGUCAACUCACCAAUACGGGUGUCGCGUAGUCCAGCGGAUGUUGGAAUAUUGCCAACCGCCAGCCAAGCGGGUGAUCUUGGACGAGCUUCUAGAGCAUAUCCAUCCACUCAUCGGUGACUCCUAUGGCAACUACGUUGUGCAACACAUCAUCCAGAAUGGAGAGCCUCGCGACCGGCGCCAAGUUGUCGAUAUCAUCCUGUCACAGCUUCUGGGCUUCUCCAAGCACAAGUUUGCCAGCAACAUCGUCGAGAAGAGCAUCGAUUGUGCAGAUGAGGACCAGCGUGAACAGAUCCUUCGUGGGCUAACCGCAACCAACGAUCAGGGGGUGACUCCUGUGCUGGGACUGAUGAGAGAUCAAUAUGGUAACUACGUUUUACAAAAGGUCUUCAAUCAAUUGCAAGGGAUCAAGCUCAUGGCCUUGAGGGCAGACAUGGAGCACAAUUAUCCCAUGCUGCGUCGCACCAGUUACGGCAAGCAGGUCAUUGCCAUUGAAAAGCUCCUGUUUGGGAACAACGGGCCGCCACCUCUCGCUCCAACAUCCACCACGAGCAGUCGCAGCUCUAACCCGCCGAGCACAAACGCAAGCAGCACCGAUAGCGAGGCACCCUCUUUGCGCUAUGCAGACGUCAAAUAG